AUGAGCCAGUGCGGGUUGCCAGUGGUGGCUGUGGUGUAUCUGGUGACGAGAGCUCCGGCCAUGGUGUGGGGUUGCUGCGUGGCGCUGCUGCUGGUGGCCGCCCUGGGGCUGGGGCAGCGGCUGCUCCCUGAGCCUGGGGUCCGGGGCCUGCGGCACAGCUCUGACUGUGGAGUCAAGGGCAUGCAGCUGCUGGUGUUUCCUCCGCCGGGCCAGACCAUCCGCUUCAAGGUCGUAGAUGAAUUUGGGAACCAGUUUGAGGUCAACAACUGCUCAGUCUGCUACCACUGGGUGGCCGCCAAGCCCCUGGGCCCCGCCGUCUUCUCCGCCGAGUACAGAGGCUGCCAUGUGCUGGAGAAGGAUGGGCGCUUCCACCUGAGGGUGCUCAUAGAAGCCAUCCUGCCCGAUGGUCGAGUUGACACGGCCCAAGAGGUCACUCUGAUCUGUCCUAAACCUGGCCUCACCUGGACUUUGGACUCCCAGCUGGCCUCCCAAACGGGCUUCUCCCUUUCUUCCCCUCAUACCCAGCCCCUCCACCCCACCCCAGAGGGCAACUGGGGCCAUCCGACCCCUGCCUCGCUGCCCCUAGGUCCUGGACCCACCCAUCCCACCCUGACUCCACCCCAGUGGAGCACCUUGGAACCCUGGGGAGUUGACGAGCCCCUUUACCCAGGCGCACCUCUGACCCGGGAGCAGUGCCAUGUGCCCUCUGGGCACAUCCCCUGUGUGGUGAGAAGAGGCUCCAAGGAAGCCUGUCACGAGGCCGGCUGCUGCUAUGACAACAGCAGAGAGGUUCCCUGUUACUAUGGCAACACAGCAACUGUCCAGUGCUUCAGAGAUGGCCACUUCGUCCUGGUGGUGUCGCAAGAAACCGCCGUGGCACACGGGAUCACGCUGGCCAAUAUCCACGUGGCCUCUGCCCCCACCAGCUGCUCCCCCACUCAGGACACGGGGUCCUUCGUGGUCUUCCAGUUCCCUCUGACCCACUGUGGGACCACCCUCCAGGCCGUUGGCAACCAGCUCCUCUAUGAGAACCAGCUGGUGGCAGACAUCGACGUCCGCCUGGGGCCACGGGGCUCCAUCACGCGGGACGGCGCCUUCCGGCUUCAUGUGCGCUGCACCUUCAACGCCAGUGACUUCCUGCCGCUCCAGGCAUCCAUCUUCCCGCCCCCCUCGCCUGCCCCAGUGACCCGGUCAGGUCCCCUGCGGCUCCAGCUGCGGAUCGCCAAGGAUGAGGCUUUCCGCUCCUACUACGAGGAGGGGGACUACCCCGUCGUGAGGCUGCUCCGCGAGCCCGUGUCCGUGGAGGUCCGGCUCCUGCACCGGACAGACCCCAGUCUGGUCCUGCUGCUGCACCAGUGCUGGGCCACUCCCAGCGCCAGCCCCUUCCAGCAGCCUCAGUGGCCCAUCCUGUCAGACGGGUGUCCUUUCGAUGGUGACAGCUACAGGACCCAACUGGUGGCCUCGGAUGGGGCAAGACUGCCCUUCGCAUCACACCACCAGCGCUUCACCAUUGCCACCUUCGCCCUCCUGGACCUUGGCUCACAGAAGGCCCUCAGGGGACAGGUUUACCUCUUCUGCAGCGCCUCUGCCUGCUCCCCGUCGGGGCUGGAGAUGUGUUCCACCACGUGCAGCCCUGGGCCUGCUAGACAGCGACGCUCCUACGCUCCGCACCACGCCGCCGCCGGGCCGCAGAACCUCGUGAGCUCUCCAGGGCCAGUGCGCUUCGAGGGCUCCUCCAGGCUGGAGCGUCCGCUGGCGCCCACCGGCUCCCCCAGGAGCACCAACCAGAGGCCUCCCCUCUGGGUGGUCCUGCUGCUGGUGGCUGUGGCCCUGGUCCUUGGAGUCGGAGUUUCUGUGGGCCUGAGCAGAGCCAAGCCCAGCAGCUCCAGGAAGUCCAUGGAGGGUGACCGGGCUCAAUAAACUGCC